GAGGCAGUUCACGAUAGAGUCAUCGCCAUUGCACACGAGAAACAACACACCUACAUAUCAUACAUAGCCGAACGCAUAUUUAGACACCCACAAUGUCUUCACUCAAGGGUCCCUCCCCUCAACACCACGAUGGCUCUAACCUGCGCAUCGCCAUCGUCCACGCCCGCUGGAACUCUACUAUCAUCGAGCCCCUCGUCACCGGCGCAAAGGAGAAGCUCCUCGCCAGUGGCGUCAAGGAGUCCAACAUUGUUAUUCAGUCUUGCCCCGGCUCCUGGGAGCUUCCUAUUGCCGUCCAGCGCCUCUUCUCUGCGUCCCAGAUCCAGGGCACCGCUACCGGUGGUCCCUCAGCGACCGACCUUCUCGCCUCGUCGACCCCAGAUCUCUCUACUCUCCCUGCGUCUUCGGGUCCCUUUGAUGCCAUCAUUGCCGUUGGCGUUCUCAUCAAGGGCGAGACCAUGCACUUUGAGUACAUUGCCGAGUCUACCUGCCAGGGCCUGAUGCGUGUCCAACUUGACACUGGCGUCCCCGUCAUCCUCGGUGUCCUGACCGUUCUCACUGACGACCAGGCCAAGGCUCGCGCCGGUGUCGACGGCAAGGGUCACAACCACGGCGAGGACUGGGGCCUGGCCGCUGUUGAGAUGGGCGUCAAGAGACGGGAAUGGGCCAACGGAACCAUUGAUGGUUAAGCCCAGCAACAUCAGAAUGAAGCUCAAGAAAGGAGCAAAUAGCGAUGACUGUGGGACUCUUGAAUAUCGGCGUUGAGUAACAAUUGAAAAAAAGAGACGAUAGACACCAGGUGGCUGAAUACAUCACCAAACUGCCAUG